CGGGCACUAGGACCCGGCGGGAGCCGGCAGGCCGCAGCGUGUGCGCAGCUGGGCUGGGAGCUGGAGCCGCGGCCGGAGCGGGGCAGCCUCUCGACCGGCAGGAUGGCGGUGCUGGGGAGUUACUGCCCGGGGAACGGCACCCUCUCCCAGGCCUGGGCGCAGCAGGGGCUCGCCCCCUGCUUUUACUUCACGCUGGUGCCCGCCGUGCUGCUGAGCGUCUGCCUCCUGCUGGGCGCCCUGCAGUACGGCUGCUACGCCCGCUUCGGCCGCGCCAUGGAGCCCAAGCACGUCCCCCGCUCGCGCCUCUACCACGGGCAGGUGCUGCUCUCGCUGCUGCUGGCGGGGCAGCCCCUCGGCGCCCUCCUGUGGCAGGCGCUGGGUGCGGGGCCGCUCUCCGGCUACUUGGUGCUGUACGGCUGCCUCUCGGCUGUGGCCUGGGGCUGCUCCCUCGGCCUCCUGCGGCUGGAGCACACCCGGGUGCUGGCACAGGACAGGACCAGAGGCCACGGCACCGUCCUGCUGCUCUUCUGGGCGCUGGCCUUUGCGGCCGAGAACCUGGCCCUGGUGUCCUGGAGGAGCCCCCUGUGGUGGUGGUCCCUGGGAGACGCCCCUCAGAAGGUGCAGUUCAGUCUGUGGGUGCUGCGGUAUGUCUGCACCUUCGCCCUCUUCGUGCUGGGGAUGAAGGCGCCCGGGCUGCCGCACAAGCCCUACGUGCUGCUGGUGAACGAGGAUGAGCGCGAUGUGGAGAACAGGCAGGCCUUGGGCCGAGAAGGGCUUCCCGUGGCACCUCGUCUCUCCUACCCUGGGGCCGCCAUGGCAGCCAGAAGCAAGCCCCUCCUGGCAGGCGACCGCGACACCCACUCCACCUGGAAGGGUUUGGGCCGGAAGCUGCGGCUGCUGGUGCAGUAUGUGUGGCCGCGGGGCAGCCCCCUGCUGCAGGGCCUGGUGCUGUUCUGCAUGGUGCUGAUGGGGCUGGAGCGCGUCAUCAACGUCUUCGUGCCCAUCUACUACAAGAACAUCGUGAACGAGCUGACUGAGGGCGCUGCCUGGCACACGGUCACCUGGACCAUCUGCACCUACGUGUUCCUGAAGUUCCUGCAGGGUGGAGGCGCCGGCUCCACCGGCUUCGUCAGCAACCUGCGGACCUUCCUGUGGAUCCGGGUGCAGCAGUUCACCAACCGGCAGGUGCAGGUGCGUCUCUUCGCCCACCUGCACGGCCUGUCCCUGCGCUGGCAUCUGGGGCGCAAGACGGGCGAGGUGCUGCGCAGCGUGGACAGGGGCACCAGCAGCGUCAACAGCCUGCUCAGCUACAUCAUCUUCAGCAUCUUCCCCACCAUCGCGGACGUCGUCAUCGGCAUCAUCUACUUCAGCUCGGCCUUCAGCCUCUGGUUCGGCCUCAUCAUCUUCGUCUGCAUGAGCCUCUACCUGACCCUGACCAUCAUCAUCACAGAGUGGAGAACCAAGUACCGGCGGGACAUGAACACCCGCGACAACGAGGCCAAGGCCCGGGCCGUGGACUCUCUGCUCAACUUCGAGACGGUGAAGUAUUACAACGCGGAGAGCUAUGAAGUGAAUCGAUUCAAUGACGCCAUCCUCAAGUACCAGGUCUCGGAGUGGAAGGUCAACGCCUCACUGGGCCUGCUGAACCAGACCCAGAACCUGACCAUCAGCCUGGGGCUGCUGGCGGGGUCCCUGCUCUGCGCCUACUUUGUGACGGAGAAGAGGUUCCAGGUGGGGGACUUCGUCCUGUUCGGCACCUACAUCAUCCAGCUCUACACGCCGCUCAACUGGUUUGGCACCUACUACAGGAUGAUCCAGAGCUCCUUCAUCGACAUGGAAAACAUGUUCGAGCUCUUCAACGAGGAACAAGAGGUGAAGGACGAAGUGAAUGCAGGGGACCUUCGCUUCUGCUCGGGGCGCAUUGAGUUCGAGAACGUGCAUUUCAGCUACAUGGAUGGGAGGGAAAUCCUGCAGGACGUCUCCUUCUCGGUGAUGCCCGGACAGACCCUUGCCCUGGUGGGUCCGUCCGGCUCCGGGAAAAGCACGGUCAUCCGCCUGCUCUUCCGCUUCUACGACGUGUGGGGCGGCUGCAUCCGCAUCGACGGGCAGGACAUCGCCAAGGUGACACAGGCCUCGCUGCGCGCCCACAUCGGGGUGGUGCCCCAGGACACGGUGCUCUUCAACGACUCCAUCUGCAACAACAUCCGCUACGGGCGUGCCGCAGCCUCCGACGAGGAGGUGCGCCAGGCAGCCCGGGCCGCCGACAUCCACGACCACAUCCUCUCCUUCCCCGAGGGUUACGAGACCCAGGUGGGGGAACGAGGCCUGAAGCUGAGCGGGGGCGAGAAGCAGAGAGUGGCCAUCGCGCGCACGAUCCUCAAGGGCCCGCAGAUCAUCCUGCUGGACGAGGCCACGUCGGCGCUGGACACCGAGACCGAGAGGAACAUCCAGGGUUCGCUGGCCAAGGUCUGCGCCAACCGCACCACCAUCGUCGUCGCCCACAGGCUCUCCACGGUUGUCAACGCCGACCAGAUCCUGGUUCUCAAGGACGGGCGCGUCGUGGAGCGUGGAAGGCACGAGGAGCUGCUGCAGAAGGGUGGCGUCUACGCCGGGAUGUGGCUGCAGCAGCAGGCUGGGGACGCGUCCGACUCCGACACGGAGAGCAAGGACCGCAGCACCGAGAAGCUGCCGGCGGCCCCCAGGAAGGGGCCAUGAGCGCGGGCAGGAGCCAGGGGACUUCGGGCAGGGGCACAGAGCUGCCCCCCCGCUGUGGCUGUAGUUUGCUGCCCUGGCAUCGGUCGGCACGCCAGGCCCCCCGGGCUGCGUGACCUCGGCUUGUUUCAGAGCUCUGGCACCUUCCUGGAGCGGGGGGGCUGCACCGCUGUUCCUGCCGUACGAGCGGCCAAACGGGGCGAGCCGCGUCCUGGCCCAGACACCCCCUGUGAUCCCUGCUGGGCACACGGGCAGCCCGCUGCCCGACCCCCAGCCGCCCGUGGCAUGGGUGCAGCCAGCAGAGCAUUGCAUGCUGGGAUUGCGCACCCCCAGCAUUGCUGCCCGUGGGCAGGGGAGGGGGCAGCCCUUUCAGCUGGCCAUGGCCCAGGGCACCGCUCUGUUACGGGAGGCUCCCGGCAGCACUGGGGUGGGGGGAGGUGCUGCCACCCCGUACAGAGCCCGGGGGGGGCACUAAGGGGCAGGGCACCAGGGGGGCAGAGCAGGGGGUUGGUUGUUUUUCAGGUUUUGAUUUGACGUCUUGUUGCUGAAUCUUGUAAACUGUUUGUGGCCA